GGUUUGGUUGGGUUUGUGGGUGCUCCUGGUUUGGCCCCGUAGCUAUGGGGCUCCUGCUCCUCCACGUGCCCCGGUAGCAGUGCAUUGCGGACCGGGGCGCAUGGUGGUAUCGGUGUCUCCAGACCUCUUGGGCCAGGGAAGACCUGUGCGCCCCAUGGAGCUGGGGCUGGGGGGCUGUUCCCCCACGGGGCUGGGGGCUGUGGUGCGCUUCGAGGUGGAGCUGCAUGAGUGCGGCAGCACCUUGGAGGUGACUUCAGAUAGCCUCAUCUACAAGACCAGCCUUGUCUACCACCCUGCCCCUGCCCCUGUGAUGCGGAGUCGGCCCCUGGUUGUGCCCAUUGAGUGCCGCUACCCCAGGCAGGGCCAUGUCGGGGGCAAGGCCAUCCAGCCCACGUGGCUGCCCUUUGCGGGGUCAGCAUUGGCACACGCCCGGAUGGGGUUCGGCCUCCGCUUGAUGGAUGAUGACUGGCGUGGGGAGCGGCCCUCCAAGCUCCUUCGGUUGGGGGACAUCCUGCACUUGCAAGCCGAGCUCCAUGCGAAGAAUCACGGCCCCCUACGAGUCCUCGUCGAUGCCUGCGAGGCCACGGCCCAUGGGGAUGGGACUUCAGGUCCUCGUCACACGCUCGUUGCCCACAAUGGGUGCCUGGUUGAUGGCCGCUUGGAUGGGGCCUCCUCAGCCUUCCUGGCCCCGCGGCCACGUCCGGAUGUCCUGCGCUUCACUCUAGAUGCCUUCCGCUUUGCCGGGGACACGGGAGACUCGAUCUACAUCUCCUGCCGUCUGAAGGUGAUGGAAGCUGUCCGGGCACCAGACCCUUGGAACAAAGCUUGUUCCUUCAACAAGGCCAGCAGGAGCUGGAUCCCAGUCGAAGGCCACCCUGAGAUCUGCAGAUGCUGUGAAGCUGGAACCUGCUUGCCGUCCAGAGGAGACGCGGAUGAGUUAGGCUCCAGGCACUGGCCUCCAGCCCCAGAUGACCAGAGGAGUGCAGUAGUUCUACCGACAGAGCUCCCAGGAAGCCAAGUCCGUGCCAUUAUCGGCCCCCUCCUCCUCCAAACUGGGGAUGGAGACGAAAGCUCCAGGCAUCUUGCUGAAGGACCUGGUGAAGUGGAGGAAAUACUAGCUGAAGGGCUGCUGCUAGUGACCCCAUCAAGAGCUGUUAUGUCAACCAGCGCCCUGUUCCUUCAGGCAGGCGAGGGAUCUGCUGACCUUCCAGAAGAAGCAAGCACAGAACCUGCUCCAAUGACGGUCUCGACAGCAUACACCCUGCAUGGACAGUCCAAUGCAGAGGAGAUGUCUGGUGAUGGCACUGAGGAAGCCACCAAGACCACAACAGAUAAGAGCCCCGAGUUUGCAUUUCAAGCAGAGGUGUUCUCUGAUCUCCAUCACCUUCUGGAGAGAGAUGGAGAACCUACCGAUGAUAUCCUGGAAAACCGAAUGGAGGCUGCACCGAUGGCAGCACAAGGUGAUGAAGAAACACAAGAAUACAUGCUGGGGCCUGCCUUGUUGGGCACUGCUUUAUUCCUAGUCCUCACUACUCUGGGAAUCCUCAUCUUGGUCAGAAGGUUUGGGGGCUCUGUUCUCUGCCUUUGAGUGUGAUGGCAAUAAAAAUGACAGGGAGGAAAUGGA